CGAUGCGAGUAGUAAAAUAGACGACCACAGGAUUGAGGGGAAAGGUCGCACACAACAUUUGUCUUUUAUGCCGGUAAGGAGAGUUUGACGCUCCAGGAGAAAAUAUAAGUGGAAAGUUUGAAUCCUUCACUUUGUAAUAGUCACCAUGGCACUCCUCAGAGGCGUAUUUGUAGUAGCAGCCAAGCGCACUCCAUUUGGUACCUAUGGGGGUGUUCUGAAGGACCACAGUGCAACAGACCUGGCUGAGCAUGCAGCCAAAGCUGCCUUGGCUGCCGGAGGUGUGGCACCCGAGCUCAUAAACAGUGUCAUCAUGGGCAACGUCAUGCAGAGUUCAGCUGACGCCCCUUACAUCGCUCGCCAUGUUGGUCUGAGGUGUGGCGUUCCCGUCCCAGUGCCUGCUCUCACUGUCAAUAGGCUGUGUGGCUCAGGUUUCCAGUCCAUCAUCAAUGGCGCUCAGGAAAUCUGUUUAAAGGAGUCUGAGGUGGUCUUGUGUGGUGGUUCAGAGAGCAUGAGCCAGGCGCCCUACGCUGUUCGCAACAUCCGAUUUGGUACUAAGUUUGGUUUUGAUCUCAAGCUGGAGGACACUUUAUGGGCGGGUUUGACCGACCUGCACAUCAAAAUCCCAAUGGGUAUCACAGCGGAAAACCUGGCAGAGAAAUAUCAAAUCACAAGAGAGGAAUGUGACAACUACGCUUAUCACACUCAGCAAAAGUGGAAAGCAGCACAAGAGGCUGGUCACUACACAGAAGAAAUUGCUCCUGUUGAUUUAAAAUCUAAGAAAGGCAAAGUGUCCAUGGCUCAAGAUGAACACCCCCGCCCUCAGACCACAAUGGAGCAGAUGGCCAAACUGCCCACCGUCUUCAAAAAAGGAGGGACUGUUACUCCUGCCAACGCUUCAGGUGUGUCUGACGGUGCUGCGGCAGUGGUGAUCGCAAGUGAGGAUGCACUCCAUCAACACAAGCUCACUCCACUGGCAAGAAUCGUGGCCUAUCAUGUGUCGGGCUGCGACCCGAGCAUCAUGGGAAUCGGCCCAGUCCCAGCUGUCACUCAAGCUCUCAAAAAAGCUGGGCUCUCGCUAAGUGACAUGGACCUGGUUGAGGUGAAUGAGGCGUUUGCCCCACAGUACUUGGCCGUUGCCAAGGCCCUCGGACUGGAUCCGGAAAAAAGCAACGUAAACGGCGGCGCCAUUGCCAUCGGACAUCCUCUCGGAGCUUCAGGGACUCGCAUCACCGCUCACCUGGUUCACGAGCUCAGGCGACGAGGCGGCAAGUACGCCGUGGGAUCGGCUUGCAUCGGAGGCGGCCAAGGUAUCGCCAUCAUCCUUGAAAAGUGCUGAGUUUUUGCUGCCUAAGAAGAGGAAUGUCAUUGACACAUGUACACAUUCACAUAAUAUUACAAACAGUAAUGUAAGGACGGCUUUAAUGUUGAGUGGUGUUGUCAUUGCAAUUUGUUAUGAUGCUAUAUUUCAAUUAACAAAGUCCUGUGUUGCCUUAUUUUGAAAAUCUAUAAUAAUGAAUGAGUUUGUGUGUGACUCCACACGUGUGUACAGAAACAUGUUUGCCUUCAUGCAUUAGAAUCACUCCAUCAUUAGAACCAUUUGUUAUUUUUUUUAAAAACCUCUUACACAAGCAGAACACAUCAUGUUUUGGAUUUAUUUGCAAGUUUUUCUGAAUAAAUUACAUAUUUGGAAAA